ACCAGCGGUCAGUAUCUGUUGAAACUGUCGCGCGAAUUGACGCAAGAGUUGUUCGACCGAAAGGUGACGUCCAAGAAGUUUACGAAACUAUUUUUGGUCGAAUUUCGGUCGCAAAUGAGCGCAUGCGUUGACCUCAUAAAUCGGGGUGAAUUCAAUUCGCUAUUUAAUAUCAUCGUUACGUUCGCUACCAAUGAUUCCGCGAAGAGUUUGGGCCUAAAACAGGACAUACUGUCCGCUCAGAAGGCCAUCAAAGACUGCGCUGACGUGAAGAACGUGACACUCGUUAACAUUAUGAACAGAUUCACGACAAUCACGCGAUCGCCGCCGCAGAAGAAGAAACCGACCAAAACUGGUCCGCAGAAGACCAAAAAGCGAACGCAUACGCAGACCAUCGAGCAAUUGGCGCAACUGAUCCUCAAGUGCGACAGCGGAGGCGUCGACGCCAACAAAGGUCUACUUCUGGAGCGGUUCCACAAACUGGAGCCAGAAUUGGUGUGCGAAGAGUCGGCGAACACACGUCUGGAGACACAGCUUCUGUUCUCGAGGAAUAAUCUGUAUUUGUUGUCACUAUUGAUCCAUAAGACACGCUUCGAGACGCUGAACGCGUGCAUCAGGAGUGUGUUGAGCGAUGACCACCGGUUGGCCGACUUGAACGCCACCGCAGUGUUGGACUUCUUGACGGCGUGUCUCGGGUCGCCGCGACUUUGGAUCGGUCGGGAUCUCAAUCAACCGAAACACUCGGAAUACGAAGACGUCCUUAAACUGGACGACAAACAGAUCAAACGACUCUUGGAUUACGUCAUCGAAGAGGCGAAUGUCAGCAAACGGGUCCCACUGGUGAUCAAGAGUUGUUGUCUGCGCUCCAAUCAAAUCAAACUAGUGGUCAAUACGUUGAAACAGUUGGACGACAGCGGCGGCGACCAGCGGUCGUCCAUCGCCGGCGAACUGCUGUUCCGACUCUACCUCCAGAUACCGAGCAUUGAACAGCCGUCGCGUAUAACCGAACAGCACUUCGCCAUCAAUAGUCAGGAGCCGAGCGCUAUUGACUCGAUGACACACAACCUGUUGACCGCAUUCACGAGCAUCGAGUCGUCGCCCACUCGACAACAGGCCGGGUAUCUCAACGACUGCGAGCUAUCGAUGUUGAAGUUGGCCUCCAAACACCCGGUGCUGUUCCUGAGGCAGUUGCCAAUGAUUCCGGCACUACUUCGCGGCAAACUCUGUUCCGUGACAUACGAUGUGUUCAAAUCCCGUAACUAUUUGUCCACUUUUAAGCGUCUAUUGAAUAUUCUUCGACUUCUGAAGCCAUUCUUGUGGAACAAACAAGUGAAGGGUUUGAACGAAUUGCUGUCGACGUAUAUCAGACUCUUUCACGACUACUGCCGUUACGGUGGCCGCGAACUGUUGCCGAUGUUAUCGCAGUUUUUGUUUCUCGUUGACGAUUGGCUUAAAUCGGACACCGAAUCGGCCAAAGCCUGGAUUAAAGCCAAUCGAAAGCCUAUUAGAUCUGUCGACUGUAUUUCCGGAACAAUCACUCUUCAAAUCGCUUCUAUCGGGUCUACCGUUUCAGACACAGAAUCCGAUGGGAUUUAA